AUGGGCAAUUGGCGCAAGCUUUGCCUUUUCCUACUGCUGGGUGCCUUGGGCUCUGCCUGGGCAGAAGUUGCGGACACGGAGGAUGCCACCUGCCAACUCGAGAUCCUGAAGCAUCCAGGCAAAGUCAAAGCGUUAGCAAAGGCCAAGCACAACAAGGGUAAGAGGAAAAGAUUCGAACUCUUGAAGAUCAAGAGCCAAAGUGCUUCCACGAAAGCGAAAGCACGGGAGGUGCACCACACCAAGGCGAAAAGCAGCAAGGCGAAUCCGGGACUAGACCUGGAUACCGACUUUGGCAUCAGUGACACCCUUACCGGCGGGUCUCGCCUGCGGGAGCAUGCCGAGAGGCAGCGUGCACAGGGCCUGAAGGGCCUGAAGCACGCCAGCGGCCCGAAGCCGGCUCAGACUCAAGGCAAAGCUCUCAGAGCAAAGGGUGCGGCUGCCCCGACCGAAGAGACUGCGUCUCUCGUGCGUCAUCAUCAGGAUGCGCAUUGGCAGCACACCGACGGUCCAACCUUCGCAGUAACCACCCGCGUCUACGCAGCAGAGCUUCCCUAUCUGAAGCACUUCCUGAAGUACUACUUGCACGACUUGCAGGUCAAGCGGGUGUAUCUUUUCUGUACUGACGAUGCCGAAGAGACUACUAUUCGAAGUGCUGUGCGAGGCUUUGGCUUCUCAGAGCAACAGGUGGCGUUCGUGCGUGGCAAGCGCAACCAAAGCCUGCAGCGGCUGAACUACCAUGCCGUGCAGGAAGACUUCCUCUUGGAUGUGGACUGUGACGAGUUCCUGGUGCCUCCCAAGGGUGGUCUUCGCGGCAUCAUCGAGUCAGACCCACAUGCAGAUGCAUUCAACCUCCAGUGGACCUGUUACCCGAGCGACGCACGCGAGCUUGAUUUCGAGCCCAAAGGUAUCCCUUGCACUGGCUAUAAGGGGAUGAUCCGAACGAAGAGCCUGCACGACGAGAACGGACACUACCAGUUUGUGGAGGGCACACCGACUUGCGGUGGAAGAGGUCAAUCCGGUCCUUGCGUCUUCUCCAAGCAUGUUAUCCCGCUAGCUCAUAUCCAGUACCGUGGCUUCUGGGACAGCGUGCUGAAGGAUGUCAGCUCGCCUGCUGGAUCUCAGUGGAUGCUCAAGGGCCAGCCAAAGAGCAUCGCGAUGCAGAAGAUCAGGCAGGGUCAGCCGCCAAAGCGAAUGCAGUCCUUGGCGUUUGAGAUGGUCUGCGUCGAGCGAUUUGGCACGCAGCUCCUGUCUGAGCAUGGGCUCAAGGUUCCGAGGCAGAUGAAGUUUUCCAUCGACGGCAUCUUCCAGUCGAAGGCCUUGGCCAAUGCCGGCGUGGAUCGGGUUCUGAAGAUGCAGGCAGAGAAGGGCUAUCGAAGAUACAAGGAGGCCUUGCAGAUGUCCUUCGACAAGCUGCUUUGCAACCCAAAGCAGACCUGCGCCAAUAUCAAGCCGAAUCCCUUGACAAAGCUCCUGGAGAAGAUGUCAGCAUCAAAGCUCCGGGCCUACAAUGGUGCUUGUAAAAAGCCCGAGUCUGGGGGCCAUGAAGUGAAGUUCACGCAGCGGCCGAACGCGGGCAAGAAGCAGAAGAAAGCUGCAAAGGAGCCGGCAGCGCGCGCAUUGCUGCAUGUUCGGACGAAGGACGUGCAGGAGAAGGAGGCCAAAGUCCCGACCUUCGCAGUGACGACCCGCGUCUACGAAGCGGAGCUUCCCUAUCUCAAGCACUUCCUGAAGUACUAUUUGCAUGAUGUGAAGGUCAAGCGGGUGUAUCUCUGGUGCACAGCCAAAUCCGAAGAGCCCGCCAUCCGAGCUGCUGUGAGAAGCUUCGGCUUCUCUGACCAGGUGACCUUCGUGGAUGGCGGAUCGCGCAUCCAGAACCUGCAGCGCAUGAAUUACCAUGUCGUGAAGGAAGAUUACCUGUUGGACGUGGACACUUGCUUCGAGUUUUCCGGCAUGGCAAACUUUCGCGAUGGCACCGCUCGAUGGCUAUUCUUUAAGUCAGCCUGCAUGGGCUGCUGCUUCGGCUUCCUGAACCGCGCUCUGUUCUUUGAUUUGGAGUGUUCUUUCAUAAUGUCCAUAGUUUCCUGUGACGAUCCAGUCCCACCCUGCCCUCAUGGUUCGGCACAGCUGGGAGACUCGUGCAUUGCGCAUCCUCCUGGCUCCUCGGAGUGGUCCUUUUCCACGCACUGCGCGGUGCGAGAACAAGUUCUGAACUCCGCACGUGAAACGAUGUCCUCAUUGUCUGCGGCAGAUGGAUUCGGCAGAUUUUUGGCUCUUUUUUUCCUCGGCCCAAUGUUGGAUUCCUGGGGUCGCAAGCCCAUGCUGCUGGUCGCCCUCAUCGGGACCCUGAUUCGGGCCUUAAUGCAGUACAGCUCAUCCAUUCUUGUUGGCCGAACGUCUGCGCAAGACUGGAUCAACAUCGCUGCUGCCUUUGUCGCUUGCGCGCUCAACAUCUUCAAGCCUGCAAUUAUGGCCAUGGCUGCAGAUCUCUCGGAGAGUCAGAUUGACCGUCGAAACUGGGCAUUGUCAGUAAUGAAUCAAGCCUUGUUCCUUGCAGGGCCCCUGGGCUUUGGAGGAGGCUUUUGGAUCCUGCAUGCGAGCCUGGAGAGCUACUCGUGGGUUUGGGUCGCAAGCGCACUCGCGAAUGUGCUCUUGUUCCUUGCGACACUGCUGCUUCUCUCCGAGACCAAGCAUCUCUACGACACCAGGACCAUCGACUUACAGAUCGUCCCGGAAGCCAACAAACAAGAGCCGGAAAUUUGCAGGUCCAAGGACGGCCAGCAAAGGAAAGGUCGCAGUUGUGGCGCACUGCGUGACACCGUAGGGUUUGUUCGUGACGUCGGGCGGGUUCCGGUGCUACGGCAAGUUCUGAUACUCAUUUUCGCGCUCAAGGUGCUGUGGUCGAUGGUUCACCUUGGGCGUUGGCUCUUGAUGACCUACCUCGGCUACUCGCAAGCUGCAGCAUCAAUGGUGGGCUUCACCUGCACUCUUCUCGGCGUUGUAGGCAGUCGCGUGAAUGCGCUUCUUGUGCCCCGAAUCGGAUCUUGGAACACCCUGCGAGUGGCGCUACUUCUGUGCAGCAUUGGAAGCAUCUUGGAAGGUGUGUCUGUGGUGCUUGCGAGCCAGAUGAACCCUUUCGUAGUGCCCAGCAUUGUGUUCUGGACAGGGCGAGUGAUGCUGGGAAUGGGCCACGGCAUCUACAUCCCUCUACUAGAUGCAAUUGCAAGCGUGCACGUGGGUCCUGAGCAACAAGGGCGGCUCUUCUCGGUUCUGAAGCUUACAGAACUGGUAGGUUCGAUCUUGGGAAUGUCGCUCCUCUUCCGCAACGUCUUCAACAGCUCCUGGACUGGCUGGAUGGCUCCCCUCUCCUGCUGGGUAGGCGGGACAGUCUACGCACUUGGCAGUUGCUGGGUCUUCAUUCUCGCACGUUGGCAUCGGGUGUUCGGCACCACAGUCGACUCCUCUGACAAGAGCUCUACUGACUGCGACGAGUUCCUGGUGCCUCCCGAGGGCGGUCUUCGUGGCAUAGUCAAGUUAGACCCACAUGCAGAUGCCUUCCACAUGCAGUGGACCUGCUACCCCAGCGACGAACUCAAGCUGAACUUCCAGCCCAAAGGUCUCCCAUGCACCGGCCUCAAGGGAAUGAUCAAGACGAAGAGCAUGCAUGACCACAAUGGCCACUUCGAAGUUGUCGGGGGCGUGCCGCAGUGUGGUGGCAGAGGUCCUUGCAUCUUCUCCAAGCACGUCCUGUCUUUGGCGCAUGUCCAGUACCGUGGCUUUUGGGACAGCGUGCUGAAGGACGUGAGUUCGCCAGCAGGAUCUCAGUGGAUGCUCAAAGGCCAGCCACGCAGCGUCGCAAUGAAGGAAAUCAGGAACGGUCGGCCAGGAAAGCGCAUGAUGUCCUUGGCCUUCGAGAUGGUCUGCGUAGAGAGAUACGGCACAGAGCUCCUGUCUCACGAGAAGCUGAAGGUUCCGAGGCAGGUGAAGUUUGCCAUCGACGGCUCCUACCAGACGAAGGCUUUGGCCAAAGCAGGCUUGGAUCGGGUAAUGAAGAUGCAAGCAGGCAAGGGCUACCAGAGAUACAAGGCAGCGCUGCACAAGUCCUUUGACCGGUUGCUCUGCAAUCCGAAGAUGGCCUGCAUCGAUAUCAAGCCGUACCCCGUGUCAAAGAUGCUGGAGAAGCUGUCGGCCUCGCAGCUCAGCGCCUACAACGGUCACUGCCAGUCGCCCGAGAAGAGCGGUCAUGCAAAGUUCGCACUGGAUGAGCGGAAGACUGCAGGCAUGAAGCAGAGCACGGAGCCAGACGAGGAGGCCUCGCUGCUGCAGGUUCAAGUCAAGGACACCCAGGAGGAGAAGGAGGCCAAAGUCCCGACCUUCGCAGUGACGACCCGCGUCUACGAAGCGGAGCUUCCCUAUCUCAAGCACUUCCUGAAGUACUAUUUGCAUGAUGUGAAGGUCAAGCGGGUGUAUCUCUUCUGCACGAAAAAGUCGGAAGAGACCGCCAUCCGAGCUGCCGUGAGAGGCUUCGGCUUCUCAGACCAUCAGGUGACAUUUGUCGACAGCUAUCGAAGCCAAAAUCUCCAGCGGAUGAACUAUCAUGCGGUCAAAGAAGACUUCCUGCUGGAUGUUGACACUCGCUUUAAGUUGGAGGUUCUUGGCAUCGAGGAACUUCUAGAGGACUGCGACGAGUUCGUGGUGCCUCCCAAGGGCGGUCUUCGCGACGUCGUGCGGUCAGACCCGCAUGCAGACGCCUUCCACCUCGAGUGGACGUGCUACCCCGAUGACGACCUCAAACUGAGGCUUCAGCCCAAAGGUAUUCCCUGCACAGGCUAUAAGGGAAUGAUCCGGACAAAGAGCAUGCACGAUGACAAGGGCAAGUACACGAUCGUGGAGGGCACACCGACUUGCGGUGGCAAAGGUCGCUGCAUCUUCUCCAAGCACACCCUCCCUCUAGCUCAUAUCCAAUACCGUGGCUUCUGGGACAGCGUGCUGAAGGACGUGAGUUCGCCAGCUGGAUCUCAGUGGAUGCUCAAAGGCCAGCCACGGAGCGUCGCAAUGAGGGAGAUCAGGAAUGGUCAGCCCGGGAAGCGCAUGGCGUCCUUGGCCUUCGAGAUGGUCUGCAUUGAGCGAUUUGGCUCGGAGCUCCUGUCUGGCCACAAGCUGAAGGUUCCGAGGAAGAUGCAGUUCGCCAUCGAUGGCUCCUUCCAGACGAAGGCGUUGGCCAAGGCAGGCAUGGAUCGGGUGAUGAAGAUGCAGGCUGACAAGGGCUAUCGUAGAUACAAAGAGGCCUUGCGGAUGUCCUUCGACCGGCUGCUUUGCGAUCCGAAGAAGACCUGCAGGGAUAUCAAGCCGAAUCCCGUCUCGAAGAUGCUGGAGACGAUGUCAGUGUCGAAGCUCCGGGCCUACAACGGUCGCUGUCACAGGCCCGAGACAGCUGGCCACGCCAUUAAGUUUGCCCUCGACGAGCGACGGCAGCUGAUAGAGCACGUCCCAGAGGACGCAUCGCUGCUGCAAGUGCAGGUGCAGGACGCUGGACAUCAUCAGAAGACUCAAACCUUUGCCGUCACCACUCGUAUAUACCGAGCAGAACUGCCCUACUUGAAGCCUUUCCUUAGCCAUUACAUCGACAAGCUGUCUACAGACCGCAUUUACUUCUUCUGCACUAACCCGAGCGAGCAGAAGCUCAUCGCAAACAAGGUCAAUGCCCUGGGCUACAAGAAGCAGGUCACCUUCCUGGGUGCAGCGGACCCGCAGAAGCUCCAGAAGCUGAACUACUCCGCAGUCACAGAAGACUGGAUCAUUGAUGUGGAUGUGGAUGAGUUUCUGCGGCCGCCGGAGUUCAGCUUGAAGAAGAUAGUGGAAUUCGAGCCGCAGGCGGACAUGUUUGAGUUGCAGUGGCUCUGCUACCCCUCCGACACGACACAUGGGGUGGCGAGGCCAUAUCCUUUACCCUGCGUGGGGCUCAAAGGUAUGGUCAAACGCAAGGCCUUCAUUCCUGACGCACGGGGCGUGUACGACGUGCAUGGAGGUGUGCCGCGCUGCACGCAGCCAUGCAAAGUGGGAAAGAAGAGGUACAUCUUGAACCACUAUCAAUACCGGGGCUUCUACGAUGCCUUGCUCAGAGACAUCAGCUCUCCCGAGGGGUCGCAAUGGAUGCUCAAGGGCCAGCCGAAAGACGUGGCCUUUGAGAAGCUGCGGCAGGGCGAGCCUGGGAACCGCCUGAAAUCCCUCGCUUUCGAGAUGGUGUGCCUGGAGGCUUUCGGCAGAGGCUUGGUCCGAAGUCACGAAGACACCUAUGGUCCGGACCACGCGCCAAUGACGCUGAACAUCGAGCGCGAGCUACAAGCGCAGAUCGUGGAGGACACCGGCGUAGAUGCGGAGCUGGGUGACAUCGCUCUGACGGGCUACAUGAACUACAAGGCGGCGUUGAAAGGGGCCUUCGACAAGCUACUCUGCGACCCGAAAGAUGCAUGCAACAUUCGGCCGCUCCACGUCACCACUCUCCUGAGCAACAUGACGCUGAAGGACCUGAAGCACUACCAGGGCAAAUGCCACAAAGGAGUUGCGCUUGAGUUGUAG